CCGUGGAAGCGGUAACGGUCUAGCUGAAUGAAUCGUAGGAAGCUCGUGUAACGGACUUAUUCUUUUCGUAUUUAUUCUUUUCACAUUAAACUUUUUGUCUGGCUAUAUUGCGCACACAAAAAGCGGGAUAAAAUGUCCAGGAGACGACACAGCGACGAGAAUGACGGAGGUCAAGCUCAUAAAAGGAGGAGAACUUCUGAGCCCAUUGAGAUUGAAGACCGUCUUGAGUCGCUGAUAUGUCGUGUGGGGGAAAAAAGUACAUCAUCCCUCGAGAGCAACUUGGAGGGCCUUGCAGGUGUCUUAGAGGCAGAUCUUCCAAACUACAAAAAUAAAAUCCUGCGUAUUUUAUGUGCUGUCGCUCGGCUCCUGCCUGAGAAGCUGACUGUCUACACGACUUUAGUCGGCCUUCUCAAUGCCAGGAACUACAACUUUGGAGGCGAGUUUGUGGAGGCUAUGAUCAGGCAACUGAAGGAGACCCUGAAAAAUAACUUGUACAAUGAAGCCGUUUACCUGGUGCGUUUUCUGUCUGACUUGGUCAACUGCCAUGUGAUCGCUGCUCCUUCUAUGGUGGCCAUGUUUGAAAAUUUUGUCAGUGUUACUCAGGAGGAAGAUGUGCCACAGGUUCGGUCGGACUGGUUUGUGUAUGUUGUUCUGUCCUGUCUGCCUUGGGUCGGUAAGGAGCUUUAUGAGAAGAAGGAUGUGGAGAUGGAUCGACUCCUCAGCCAAAUCGAAGGCUACCUCAAGAGAAGAGUAAAGACUCAUGUCCCCAUGCUGCAGGUGUGGACUGCAGAGAAGCCCCAUCCACAGGAAGAGUACCUAGACUGCCUUUGGGCUCAGAUUCAGAAGCUGAAGAAAGACCGCUGGCAGGAGCGCCACAUCCUUCGCCCCUACAUCGCCUUUGAUAGCGUGCUGUGUGAGGCUCUGCAGCACAACCUGCCCCCUUUUACCCCCCCAGGUCACAUGCCUGACGCUCAAUAUCCCAUACCCCAGGUCAUCUUCCGCAUGUUUGACUACACUGAUGCCCCAGAGGGUCCUGUUAUGCCUGGCAGUCAUUCUGUGGAGAGAUUUGUCAUAGAAGAAAACCUGCAUUGUAUCAUCAAAACUCACUGGAAAGAAAGGAAGACAUGUGCUGCACAGUUACUGAGCUAUCCAGGAAAAAACAAAAUCCCGCUCAACUAUCACAUUGUGGAGGUAAUUUUUGGAGAACUUUUCCAUCUGCCCUCACCGCCGCACAUCGAUGUCAUGUACACGGCGCUGCUUAUCGAACUCUGCAAACUGCAGCCGGGGUCGCUGCCUCAAGUCUUGGCCCAGGCCACAGAGAUGCUUUACAUGAGACUGGACACCAUGAACACCACCUGCAUAGACCGAUUUGUCAACUGGUUUUCUCAUCAUUUAAGUAACUUCCAAUUUCGAUGGAGCUGGGAUGACUGGGCUGACUGUUUGACCCUGGAUCUAGAGAAGCCCAAGCCCAAGUUUGUAAAAGAGGUUCUGGAGAAGAGUAUGAGACUUUCGUAUCAUCAGAGGAUAGUGGACAUCGUCCCCCCAACUUUCUCUGCCCUCAUCCCGGCUGAACCCCUGUUUACUUACAAAUACAUGGAUGAGAGCGCUUCUUCCCUACCAGGUUACGCAAUGUCCAUUACCGUCGGCAACGCCAUCAAGAACCGAGCUUCUAAUGAAGAAAUCCUAACCAUCCUCAAAGAUGUUCCCAACCCCAACCAGGAGGAUGAUGAUGACGAGGGAGAGAGCUUCAACCCUCUGAAGAUUGACGUCUUUCUGCAGACUUUGCUCCAUCUAGCAGCUAAAUCCUUCAGCCACUCCUUCAGCGCCCUCGGCAAGUUUCAUGAAAUCCUGAAAGUGUUGACGGAGAGCGACGAGGGGAAGCUGCACAUCCUUAAAGUGGUGUAUGAAGUGUGGAGGAACCAUCCGCAGAUGAUCGCAGUGUUGGUGGAUAAAAUGGUCCGGACACAGAUUGUGGACUGUGCUGCAGUCGCCAACUGGCUCUUCUCUCAGGACAUGGCUCACGAGUUCACCAGACUUUUCGUCUGGGAGAUUCUGCACUCGACCAUCCGAAAGAUGAACAAGCACGUGCAGAAGAUCCAGAAGGAGCUGGAGGAGGCCAAAGACAAACUGGAGAAACAGCAGCACAAGAGGAGGGACAGCGGCGAUGAUGAGGACAUGGAGAAGAACAGCGAGGAUGAGGAGGGCCAGCUAGAGGAGCAGAUUGAAAGGCUGCAGGAGAAGGUGGAGUCGGCUCAGAGCGAACAGAAAAACCUCUUCCUCGUCAUCUUCCAGCGUUUCAUCAUGCUGUUGACGGAGCAUCUGGUUCGCUGUGAGACGGGCAGCAUGGACAUCAGCACGCCAUGGUACAAAAACUGCAUCGAGCGGCUGCAGCAGAUCUUCCUCAUGCAUCACGGGACCAUCCAGCAGUACAUGGGAACCCUGGAGAACCUGCUGUUCACGGCUGAGCUGGACCACCACAUCCUAGCCGUCUACCAGCAGUUCUGCGCCCUGCAGCUCUGAGAAACCGCCGUCUGGUGAAAUGCGUACUUGAUGUGAUAAACCGACACACUAGAAAUUACCAGCUCUUGUAUCAAGAAUCUCUUUACAGAUUUUUUUUUUUUUUUUUCUCCCAGCUGUUUUGUGUUUGGUGCCAACAAUGUCGGUUAUGUGCAGCCACAACCAGGGACGUCUUUCUGAAUAGGAAUUCAAGCAAGAAUCCUUCGUUAGGUUACUGUAGUGGUCCUUUUUUAUAUUGUUUUUUUUUUUUUUUUUUUUUCCUCUUUAAUGCUUUGUUUUGAGUUUAGAUUUUUACUUCCUGCUCGUAUUCUUAAGAAUGGAUUUUUAACACUGCAACACUUGUCCAAGUCCACACGAAGCUGGGGGAGCGUUGAUAGGAGGAAACGUCAGGUCGGCUCUGCUUGAUUCUGAAUCCAGAGAGCACUCAACUUAAGUUUUAUAUUUGUUUUAUGUGGCAUUGGGAAGUCAUUAAAACUCUCCAGUCUUUAUCCA